UACCAGUGCUAACUCCAAGCCGCCGGCAGGCCUUCCUCUCUCCACUAGAGACUAGCUACUAGUAGUACAUAUAUCUUGUGUCCAUAGGCAGCGUAUCUCCACACCAACCGUCACACCACACCACUGGCACACAUAGACGACCAUCCAGCAGCGGAGAGCUAGAGCCCCAAACCAAAGGAGAGAGAUGGAGAGGAUGGUGAUGAGGCUCAUGAGGAAUAAGUCUCUUCUCGCCGGAGCCUCUAGCCGCGGCGGCGGAGGACUAGCCUCCUCCUCCAUUGUCGACUCUUCCCCCUUCUCCACCCUGCAGCAGCAGCAGCAGGAAGACCCCGGUGUGCUCAACAUCAGGGACACCGCCGCCCACCUCAUCGGGCGGACGCCGCUGGUGUACCUGAACAAGGUGACGGAGGGGUGCGGCGCCCGGGUCGCCGCCAAGCUCGAGUUCCUCCAGCCCUCCUUCAGCGUCAAGGACAGGCCGGCAAUCUCCAUGAUUGAAGAUGCGGAGAAGAAGGGAUUGAUCACCCCGGGCAAGACGACGCUGAUCGAGCCUACGUCCGGCAACAUGGGCAUCGGCCUGGCGUUCAUGGCGGCGCUCAAAGGGUACGAGCUCGUGCUGACGAUGCCGUCCUACACCAGCCUCGAGCGGAGGGUGGUCAUGAAGGCCUUCGGCGCGCAGCUCGUGCUCACCGACCCGACCAAAGGGAUGGGGGGCACCGUGAGGAAGGCCACCCAGCUCUAUGACAACCAUCCUAGCGCAUUCAUGCUCCAGCAGUUCGAGAACCCUGCCAACGUCCAGGUGCACUACGAGACCACCGGUCCAGAGAUAUGGGAGGACACGCUUGGGCAGGUCGACAUCUUCGUCAUGGGCAUCGGGAGCGGCGGUACUGUCACCGGCGUCGGCAAGUACCUCAAGGAGAAGAACCCCAAUGCCAAGAUCUAUGGAGUUGAACCUGCCGAAGCAAAUGUUCUCAAUGGUGGCAAGCCAGGGCCUCACCUCAUCACUGGAAAUGGAGUGGGAUUCAAGCCAGACAUUUUGGACAUGGAUAUAAUGGAGAAGGUUCUUGAGGUGAAAGGUGAGGAUGCUGUCAAGAUGGCACAACAAUUGGCGCUGCAAGAGGGUCUGCUGGUGGGGAUAUCAUCAGGAGCCAACACGGUGGCAGCGAUUGAACUUGCAAAGAGGCCUGAAAACAAAGGAAAGCUCAUCGUGACUGUUCAUCCAAGCGCGGGAGAGCGAUACUUAUCGUCGGCGCUGUUCGAGGGUCUGAGGAAGGAGGCGGAGGCGAUGCAGCCAGUGCCAGUGGACUAACUUGGAGCCAUAUAAUGCAUACGGAAUAAAUUCACUGCAUUACCAUGUUGCAAGUGCUAGUUGUAUGUGCCUCGUUCGCAAUUCCUCGGUUUGUUCCUUCAUGUGGACAUUGUGUAAACAACAGUUGAAAUGGUUGAAAAAGGGACUUUUACCUCUCUGGAGAGUGGAGAUGUAUGAUGUACAUAUAUGUUUGAGUUGUGGGGAUCAUUCAUGGGUCAAGUGAUACUAUGUGCACCAGUUUCUGCCAAAGUGAAA